CGGGCAACCAGACAGAACAGAACCGAACUGUACGAGCAUCAAACAUGAGAAGCUAUCUGGGUUUCAUACUGCUAAUCAGCGCCGCGGCUGCUGCAGAAGUCACCGAUAAGACGAUGACAACAACAACAACAACAACAGCAGCAGCAACUCCAACAGCAACUCCAACAACAUCUCCAACAACAACUAAACCAGAUCAAAGGAACAAACGUCAGUUGAGCAUACCCGUUUAUUACGACAACUUCAAUGUGAAUCCCACAGUGGAGCCUUCGAAGCCGUUGCCGCCGCUGCAGCCACUGCAGCCACUGCAACCACUGCAGCCGGUUGGAGUCGUCACGCCCGUUGUGGGCGAUCCAGGGGGUCUGCAGACGCAGAAUUGGCCCAUUAUGGGCGCGCUGUUGCCACUGCAAAAUCUGCUAGCCGGCCUCAAUCUGGGCAACUUUGGUAGCUUCGGCCAGCUGGGCAAUCUGCCAGGAUUUGGGCCAACUGGCAAGCCACCAGCAGGUGGUGCGCCCGCACAGACCUGCUCGAUCGGCCAGAAGCUCAGCUGUCGCUGUGAGCCGCUGGUCUCGCUGCCGCUUCGACAGCCGGAAGCCCAGAGUCCCGUGCAGAUCCUCAGGCAGAAUGCCCGCCACAACGAGGACGGCAGCCAGGAGCUGCGUCUGGUGCUGAGCAACGGGCAGGUGAUCUACCAGCGCACCGACAAGGACUCCAGCAGCCAGCAAGGCUACUAUGCGGUGCCCUUCCAGGCGGGACACUAUCUGAACAUUCGCUACAGCAUCAACGAAGCCAACUAUACGAUCAAGGCCGAGGUGGACAGCCUGGCACCCAACACAGACUUUGAGCUGUAGGAGGAGUACCUAGAGGAAUCUAGGGUAUCCAUAUGCCUACAUAUUCAUAUAUGUAUAACAAUACCUAGAGGAAUCUAGGCUGCCCUUACACCAAUUCAUAUAUAUGAACAACAAUUUUGUAGGAGGAAUACCUAGAGGAAACUGGUGUACCCAUUCAUAUAUAUAAACAACUUUUUUUUCAUAAUUUUAAAUAUUUGGAAA